AAGUAAAAACUCCCUUGUACCUCGUCCAGCCUCCAGUUCUGCUCGGCCCGCCCCCACUCUAUGGCCAUCUACAAGAGCAUGGACUACGGCAUGACCUGGACGCCCUUCCAGUACUACUCCAACGACUGCAAGAAAAUGUACACAAAGUCCCCCCACGCCAAGGUCACCAAAGCCAACGAGCAAGAGGCCAGGUGCUCGGAGACGUACAGCACCAUCGACCCGUUCUCCGGGGCCAGGGUCGGCUUCUCCACCCUAGAGGGCCGGCCCUCCGCAGGGGACUUCGACAACAGCCCCGUCCUCCAGGACUGGGUCACGUUCACCGACAUCAAGGUCGUGUUCAACAAGCUCAACACGUUAGGCGACGAGAUAAAGGACGACGAAGGCGCCAAGAGGAGUUACUACUACUCGCUGUCCGACUUCGCCGUUGGAGGACGCUGCAAGUGCAACGGCCACGCCUCACGGUGUGUGAAGGGCGAUGACGGCCGGUUAGCCUGUGAGUGCAAGCACACACGGCCCCGGGAUUGUGAGAAGUGCCAGAGGUUUCACUAUGAUCGCCCCUGGCAGAGAGCCACCAAGGGCCAGGCUAACGAGUGUGUGGCGUGUCAGUGUAACCUCCACGCCCGGAAGUGCCGUUUCAACAUGGGUCUGUACGAGUUGUCCGGCCGGAAGAGCGGGGGUGUCUGCCUGAACUGCCGGCACAACACCAAGGGACGCAACUGCAACUACUGCUCGGUGGGAUACUAUCGGGACCGGAGCAAGGACAUCAAGCACAGGAAGGCCUGUAAAG